AAGAAACGGGCCGCUACUUCUACUUGCUAUGCCAAGACAGCAGAACGCAAUGUAGGAUUGCUGCUCGCGAAAGGUAUAAUAAGAAAUAACUCGUGAUCUCCAGCAAAAACAAACCACAUGCGCCGGUCCGCAUCGGCCGGGCGCGUGUCGCCUUUUUUGCGGCGGUCCGGAUCCGUUACCGGCGACACACAAAGCACAGCCACCACAGCCACAACGUUGGCAGGAAACAAAAGGCCACCGCCGCAGCAAGAGUCGCCCUCCAAAAUUAUUCGGAAAGGCGUUCUCUUGGAAGAGACCAAGGCCGACGGGAGUGUGCGUGUCCGAUGGAAGCCCAGCACUAGCAGUUCCUCUACCCGAGCAGCAGGUGGCAGUGCUUCAACGACUAGAAACAAAAGUUUCUCGUCCGGGGUCAAUACGACGACCAACAGGCCCGGAACAACUUACAACAAACCCAGCCCAGUACAACUACUAUCCUCCGCACCAGCCGCCUCGGCCAAUGCCAACAUGCGGGUGGACGAAAUUCUGGCCGAUUUAUUUCCAACGCCGAGCGGCCAGCCGAGCCGCGCGUCCUCCAGUACUAGCUCAGCAACAUCUUCGAAGCCGGGCCCGGUACGGGGCACGGCUGGUGCAGCGGCAGUGGUCCUCGAACAGUUUUCUGCGGACCCGAACUCCUUGCUGAAAGAGGUGCUGGAGCAGGACCCGAGCACGCUGCGGCUCAGCCUCUUGCGGAACCGCCGACAUGCUUCGGCCGAUAAAAAUCGGGGAACGACCCACCUAAACGACAGGUCGGCAAGCCGACAGGAGCCGUCACCGAUCGUGAACAAAGAACAAACCCCACCGUCCCCGGUCGCGUCGAGUGAAGGGUCGAAGGCAAGCAGCUCGACGUCGAAGAAGCUCCGGCUGUCGCUGAGUUUGGACCAGAUGAAGACGAAUUCGAAAGAAAGCAUAAGUCUUGAUGCUCGCAAUCCACCGCCCAUGGAAGCUGCGUCGAAAGAAGUUCAUCUCAAGAACACAGCGACCGGCUCUACUAGUACUUUAUUGCCCAAAAGCGCGGACACCACCAUGGAUACGAUGACGCCGUUGACUUCGACCACGUCGCGGCGGUACUACGUGCAGGCCGACGGAUUUUCGUCGCAGGCGAGCAGCCCGGGGACCGGGCGGAUUCGCGCUGAAUCUACUUACGGGGGCGUGGGGGAGUUGCCUGCGCAGAAGUUCUUGUCAACUUCGUCUGGUAAAAUAAAUCAGACCGCUGUAACUUCGUCCUCGUCGCGCGCGAGCAGCCGUGGGAGGGGAAAUCUUCAAAGCUCCUCUCCACUGGAUACUAACACGAACAAGGUUGGUGCUGGCGCCGUGAUCGCCGGGAAUAAUCCUUCGUCUUCCAGCACGGCAGGCGGUGGUCCUUUUUUUCAGCCACAAUCCCGUGCUGGUCGGGGAGAUUUUACGAGGACGAGCAGUAAAGAAAGUCAGAGUCAGCCCGAAAUUGAUGACAGUUCCGCCAUGGAGCUCGGCUCCCUCGUGGAGCGUUCCGACCUGGCACGGAGCUUUUUCAACUGGCGGUUUCAGUUAUGCAAUGCAAAAGGAAAAGUAUUGUUAUUGUACUAGUAGUAAUUGCAAUACAAAAUGGCUCAGCAUUACAAAUUUAAAUUUGUAAUGCGGGUUUCCCUAAGCACCUAGAUUUGUAAUGUAUAACUGCAAUUACUACGAGUGCGAUACUUUUGCAGAGGAUAUCAGUUGUUGCAGAAGCGGUUUGACGACACCCACGUGGAGCAGCAGCACGGGCUGCUGGUCGCCGCGAAGUUUCUGAAGGACAGUCGGCGAAAAGAGCAAAGAUUUCUCCUCGAGAAGGCCUUUUUGCAGUGGGCACGGACGGCGGCGACCAGUUUGGACCAGCGGGCUCUCGCCGCAGAAAUCAAGGCGCAGUGCUUGGAAGACUUCACGAUGCGAGAGGCUGGGCUGCGGGACGCGUUGCGGAACCACGUGCGGGAGAAGAUGGAGAUGUUGGUGGAUAGUAGUUGCAACGGCGCUGCAGGAGGUAGGCCGGGCUCUUCAUCUUUAUCUUCGUCGGCGAUGGUACUGAGAAAGAUGGCGUUCUUCAGUUGGAAAAUGACCGCGGCAGAGGGGAUCGCGCUGCGGGCGAAGGCUGCUGCAGGUGAGCUAGUUUGAUUUGGUUUCUCUUGUACAACAAUAGGAAUAGGAUCUGUUUCAUAAUCAACUGCAACUCCACGACCAGACUCUUCUUCACUUCUGCGUCCUUGUGGGUGUUGUCGUGGAGGAUCUGCACGCAGUAGUUUGGAGGUUUUUCAAGAUUUUUCGGUGAGUUCUUUGUCGUGCGCAGAAUUCUUGAUUUCGUUUUGGAUUUCGACAAGUGCCCCAAGAAUUUGCGUUUGACAUUGACCCCGAUAGUACCAGGCAUUUCACAUGGAUCGACAUGUACUUACGCGCCAACUUUCUUCAGAUGCCGCCAAGCAAGAGGAAGCUUUGACCGACGCUCCGGCGCUCGAAGCGCUCGCAACCCUGCAACGACAGGAGGAAGACCUCCACGGGCAAGAACAAACGCGCCGCACCCUUUUACACGACCGCAGGAAGGAGCGGAAACUUGCCGAGAUCGUCAAGGCGGCGGACGAGGAAAAUAUUAAAACUGGAGAAGGCGGCUCGUCGUUUUCCAGAUCUUUUAGUUCUUCGAAAGGCACGUCGAACAGUAGUAGAGCGGGCACUCCCACCGAGGACUACGGGAAUGCAUCAAAUUCUGUUCCUACUUUGAAGCAGCAGAUCAACGCGAAGCAGCUGCAACUGGAGCAGGAGGUGCUCCAGCACAAACUCGCGGACACAGGAGAGGAGAAGUUGAAGCUGGCGAAGCAAGAUGUGCUGCAGAAGUCGGAAGAACAGGAGCUGCUGCUCUCCCAGAAAAACCAGGAGGUGGGCUCGCUGCUGCAGAAGGUCGGCGACCUGCAGCAGCAGAUCGUCGACAUGGGGAAUUGGAUAAACCACGGCAGUGGGAUCAUGAUGAAAACAAAUGAGGACGACACCGAGGAGACUGAAGAAUCCAGGCAAGCGAGUUUGCAGCGACUGCAGCACGCGGAGGAAGAUUUGGCGAGGUAUCGGGAGCAGUGGGAAGAGAGUGUCUGUGCGAAGGAGAUGCUGGAGCAGAGUUUGCAUUCGAAGCAAGAGGAAAUUUCUCUGCUUGAACAGAAAAUCGAGGUGCUCACGGACGGCAGAAAAAACGACAAGGAGAAGCUCCGGAAAGCACAACUUUUGGAUAACGAUCGCAAAAGAACGAUUGAAAAGUUGAAGGAGGCGGCUCUGUCGGACAACCAGUUGAAGGAAGAAAAGGCGAAGCUGGCCGAGGAACGCGAGGCACUGGAGCGGAAAAAGUAUUAACUUUUGUGCCAGGGCGAAUUGGUGACACUUAGUCCGUUUUCAGUCGCUUUACAAAAAUUAUGAGAAGAAAUUUCUUGAAGAAAGAUGCAGAAGCUCAGAUACCGCAAUAGAUUACUUAUGCAGUGUAUUGGGUACUUUUUUCUUCGGGGUAGAAGAACACAAUUUUCUCUACAACUUCAACAGGCAGCAACUGCUGAACCAGGGUAAGGCCCUGGAGCAGGUGCAGAAGCGGCUCGAUGACUGCACAACAGACCUGGAGGAACAGAAGAAGGCCUUCGUCGAGAAGGAAAAGCUCCGGCUGUUCGAAGCUUUCGGUGACGCCAGAGCGAAGGCCGGGGAUCUCGGCUGGCGAUGGAAAAGCGUGCGAUGUACUAAGUUGGGAAUUCGAACAUUGUUUUUUCUAUUGUAGAACGAGUUUUUCAAAUUACUUAGUUUUUCUUUUGCGUUUAAGUGCUUUGUCAAGUCCUGCAGGUGCAGCACUACUAACCUCACUGUCGAAAUAAGUAAUUUACAAAAAUCUCGCUCAGUGCGUCUCCAGUGCCUGCAUGCGUGGCACCACUUGACCAAACAACUACGGCAUGAGAAGCACCAGCGCGAACUCCAGGACGAAUUCGAUGCCUGCACCAAGGAAUGGGAUGACCAGGUGGCCGAGAAGCUGCGGGAGCAGAAGGCCGCGUUUGAGAAGCAACGGGAGCAGGACCGAGCCAGAACGCAGGGCAGGAUCGACGAACUGCACAAGGAAGUGGCGGAGAGUAUAUUACUACAACCGUUUUAGUUUUUUGCUACUAUUAAGAAUCUCACACAAACACAAUGUGCUGUUGUGCUCGCGGCUCUAGCACUUGCAGCACCAGGAGCAUGAUGCUACUUACUAGAUGGCAGGAAGGACUACGAUUUCGAUUUGUGAAGUGAAUCUUCUAUGCAUUGAAACUGUACAUGUACAACAGGUCGCCGCGUGUUUUCGGAGAACACCGAACUGCGGGGCUCCACCGUGGCUGCCCGGACGUCGCUUUCCAUUUUCAAGGACCUGAUGAAGCAGCAAAUCGGGAAUUUCGAGGAGAAAACGGGGGAAAAAAUCAGAACCAUAGACCAGAAAACAAAAAACCUCUUUGCCGUAGUCCAGACGUUACUGAUUAAGCAGAAGGAGCUGCAGGUCCAGAAAUUCUCCAAUCCAUCCGAAAUCGAGCUGGGCGACUUGUACCGCGAAUUGAAAAUGACGUACGGGAGAUUACUGUCCGCCCACGCGGCAAAAAAAAGGGAACUGAAUCUGUGCAAACAGGAGCUGAAACGGCAGACGAAGAGGAAGGAGCAAAACAAGUCUGGUGCUGGUACUAGAAUUCUGUCGCGGAGCGCUUCCACCUCCGGCUUGGGGUUGGGCGGCUCGUCGUGUUCGGGGCACGAAUAUCAAAGUGAAAAAUCCCCCCUCCCCAUAUCGGAAACGGAAGAUGCGCGAAUUUGUGAUGCUGUAUUUGAGUACACAAAUCGUAAUCGACUUGUAUUGCUAGAAGGCCAAGAGACGAAGCUGCGGCCUAAAUUGCAGGCAAUCUGUCAUGCUGUUUCCCACUUCCAGUUGCCUCCUGUCAUCCUGGAGCUGCAGGGCUUUCCCAGGCUAGACAGCGCUACAGUCUGCAUCUUUUGCCUUCUAGCAUCACAAAGCUGAUUUGUUGCCACAAAUCUGCAUCACAGAUUUCCGUUUUGAUAUGGGGAGGGGGCAUUUUUCAUGGUAAUAACGAAAAGAGCGGAAUGGACACACCGAUGAACCUGUCCUGCAGUAUAUGCAGGAAAAAAACUGUGUAAGUGUAACUCUGCAAUGCAGAACAUGCAACAGAGUUACGCCUGUCAUGCCAGAGAGCCACGAAGUUCUCUUUUCAUGUGUGUGUUCCCUUACGAGCCACGCAUGACAGGUUUUCUCUGACAUGUAGACCAAACUUGUGAUGCUGUCGGCCAAGGAAAGUUACACUAACACAGUUUUUUUCUUGGAUACAGUAGCAGCGCGAGUUUUGCGCAGUACGGAACCAGCGGCGCAAGGAUCCAAAGCUUGGAGCAACAGGUAUAUACAUAUAGCUUGCUGUGGUUGUUAGUUUUUGUAAUACAGCAUCUCUGAUUUUGCUACGUCUUGUCUAUGUUUUUUCUGAGCGCCUAUGCAGCCGAAUCUUAUGAAACCGACACUGAUCAUAUAAACGAUGCUAACAUUACAUUUAUCACCUACUCCACCAGGUCGCCACUCUGCAGCUCGAGCGCGGGAAAUCGGUUCGCGAGUCGACGGAAUUGGAAUCGAAACUUACUACUUUGACCUCUGAAAUCGAGGAGCAAAAGCGGAUUUUGAGGAAGCAAAACCGGGUGGUGUGGAAGGUGCGCGAGAAUGCGUGGAAGCUGGAUACCUUCACGAAGUGGCGAAGGUUGUGCUGCAGCAGUAGGGACGUGCAGGUGAAGAGCUCUCCCCUGCUGGGGAAAAAUACAAGACAAGGCAAUCCUCCACUCCCCGAUGACGAAAACGAGGAGGAUGCAGUGCUGCUAGAAGAAGAUCCUGACAACGGAACAAUCGCGGUCCAUCAGCAGCAUCAAGAAGACCCGGGGACUGUGUCUACUAAAGACACGGCGGCAACGUCUACCUCUAAGGAAAUAAUGAAUUCGUACAACAAUCCGACAGCCAGCAGUGCCGGAGUGAGCAGCUGCGAAGAAACAACUUCGAUGGCAUCAGAAAAGUUGUAUUACACGUCGUCGAAGCAGCAGGCAGCGCGGACACGACCUAACGCCGCGUUCGUGUUGCAGACCUUGGCUGCGGCAAGACGGAAAGUUAAAGGGAGUAAGUGCCCCUCGCUCAUACUGCGGGCUCUGCGACAAGCCCACGCGCAGGCGGGACAGGAAGUGGUAUUUGUGAAGAGCGUUUUAUCUGUUUGCGAGUCAGCUUUCUCUUUCCUUUUCGUCUUGUAGCGUUCGCACAUUUCGUUCUUGGUUUCGUUCCUGAUUUUACAACCUCAAGCACCUCCAUGCUACUUAAUGCAGGUGCGGUUCUGUUUUUUCGUGUGGAUUUUCGACAUUCGUGAGAAGCGGUACGAGCAAGCGCUGAGAAAGACGCAGAAGUGCUUGAGUCAGGAGAACACAGCGAUCCAGAGCCAGCUGGAGGCGCGGGAACAGGAGUUGCAGAAGACGCUACUGACGAAGCUGGAACUGACGGGCGAGAUUGAACUUUUGCGAGAGAAACUGAACAAAACGCUAGACCUGGAGCAAAAGUCCCGAAAGGAGGCGGAAAAGUGGCGCAAAGAGCACGGCAUUCUGGCGGAGGAGGUCAAAAGCUUUUACGCCUUGCACCAAAAAGUGCAGAGUCCAAGGGUGCUGAGCAUGCAGGAGGUAUGACAGGAUGUAGACAUGCUGGAGAGGUGGGCGACGACCUCCGAGUGCCUUUAUUGAGUAUUACUAGGCAAGAAAAAAACAAAUACUAAUGAUGCAAUUUUCACAUGAUAAUGACAGAAGUCCGACAAAAGAAUUUGAAUUUCGUUGACAGCACUGAAUGAUUUAUGACGUUGCACUGAUUUGUUUCGAGUUCACCAAUACAAUAGCCAAAACAUUAAGAUUGCACCGGAAAUAGAAAUGCCGAUGAUUAUGUCGAAGCUUUCAUGUAGAUCUGACAAACAGAUAAUUGGCGACAGGACAAUCGACAAAAUGAACUUCUGUUUGAACUUUACGUACUUACAAAAGCAAAUUCUAAGUGUAGUCUUUUUCUCUCCUGCUCGGGUGCGGACAGAUAAUACCUGCAUGACGAUGACCACACCAUUGCAAUCGUUUCUGGUGCACCAUUGCAAUCGCCCCGCAAGCUGAUCUAUUUUGCCUCAAUUCAAGUUCAACAUUUCGGAGCAGCUGCCCCAGGUAUCUCUCUGGUAUGAUGUUGCAUCGUCUCGGAGUGUCAACUUCUACAACGCCGAGAAGUUGUCGUAUCGCCAGGAGUAUUGUUAAUAUUUUGCCGGAUCAAGAAGCUGGUAGUACACACUCACCUGUCGGAUAGAUUAAACAUCGUCACCCAAAUGAACUUAACUUUUUCUUUCAAUAGCCAAUCGACGACAAUUUAAAAUUGAUGACUCAAGCUGCACUAUGCAGAUUAUAGCAAGAAUCAAGCUCGUUUGUGAACAAUUGCGGAAGAACUUUUCGAACGCGUUUCUCAAACGUACAGAGCACGAAAAGUCAGAAAGGGCACUACUUGCAUUCCACCUGCGUUCUAGGAAGCAAGAUAGAGGUGCAGAAAC